AUGUCCGAAAGAGCUCCGAACAUGGUCUUCCGACCGGAAAAUAUUCCGAUCCGCUUCUUCAAAUCAUGCCGGUGGUGUCGAAGACAAAAGAUGCGCUGUGAUGCGCGCGAUCAAGUCCCUUGCUUUCGCUGUCGAUCUGCUGGCCGAAAUUGUAUUCUUGAUCCUAUUGAUAGUGAGCCACGUCGGAGUAGACGUCGGCAGAAAAGUGCAACUCCGGCACGAAGCCGAUUGGCAGGCUCACCAUUAGACCAGCGAGCUGGAUACCAUACUCCUGCCACUACUGAACAAGAUUUCUCUUCCCUGGUCACAUCGCGAGAUGCUGGUUUCGAUACCUCCAUUGAUUCACUACCAAAUUCGGUGGAUUUAAGUAGCUUGCGGUCUCAGAAUGCAGAAUCAAGCGGGCACAAGUCUCAGCAGUUGAGUCCUAAUGAGAUGAUUGCGCCGGUGUCUGCGGUGCAUUCCAUGUCUGUGAACUUGUUGGGCUCCGACAACAUAUUCAUGGAUUCGUCGACGAAAGGUGACCCCAAAGGUGAUAUAAUUGCGCGUGGCAUCGUUAGUGAGGAGAAUGCACGUGUCAUUUAUGAACGAUUCUUUAUUGGAAGCAAAAACUUCCUUGGCCUAUUUGAUCCAAUCCGAGACACAUUCGACUCUAUUCGCUCACGCUCUUUGUUUUGUUUCACGGUAAUCAUCUACCUCGCUAGCCGUGCUGUGGUUGAUUUACGCAGUAAUACACACAUGCAGCGAGUUCUCCAAGAUGAGGCACAGCGCCUAGCCGAAGAUAGCUUUUUUGAACGGCCGACAAAGCUAGAGACUGUGCAGGGGAUGAUUUUACUGGCUGCUUAUUCGGAAAAAACCUGGUUCUCAAUUGCACUCAUUCUACGCACUGCUCUAGACUCUGGACUGGAAAAGUCGUUGGACACUUUGUUGUCGCAGGAGAAAGUCCCUCGAAGCUCGCUUUCAGCUACCAUGGCAGACCGUCAACUAGUAUGGCAAACCAGGACUUGGCUAAUCAGCUUUACGUUGGAACUGGAUGUGGCUUCUGGUACUGGACGCAAAUCUCGUAUUGCCGAAGUAGAUGUCACGAAGCUUCGCGCUUUUCUUGAUUAUCCGCUUUCCUUGCCGGCUGACAUGCGUACGGUGAGUAUUAUUGAGUUGCAUCAAUUACGAGGUCAUUCUCGGGUGAUUAUUGAAAACGCGGCGACAAUUCCAGACAUUAUCUCCAAGGAGCUCCCGGCCAUCAUGUCAAGACUUCAAAACUGGUGGACAACGUGGGACGAAAUUCACGAACAGAAUGGUUUCCAUGCAGGAGCCUUCCAACGCAGCAGUCUCAAACUGAUGCUUCACUAUGCCAGAAUAUUUGUGUUUUGUAUUUCGCUAGCGCGCAUUCAGAGACUACAGCCGACAUACGCCAACUCGAACCCAGACACUAUCGACGAAAACGUCAUGAAUCUAUGGCAAUCACUUGUUACCACAAUCAUGGACCAAUUGGCAUACCUUAUCAAUGAGUCGUCCUAUCGGUACCAACUGACGUGGGCACCUACAUACCCAGCUCUAACGAUUGCCUUUGUUACGACAUUUGCUCUUCGAGUCGCGCGAUGGUGUCCAAGCCUGAUAGAUCAAUCCCUACUCCUCGACAGAGCGGAAAAAAUAUGCGACUUCCUAAGACAGCCACCAUAUCCAGACAUUCACCGCACCGUGUCAAUCUUCGUAAAUUAUGCACGUGCUCUAAUAUCCAGCCAGCGCCGACAAGAAAACAACGACAACGCAGACAUGCCCGAACAACAGAGCGGCGACGACGGAUCGUCGUCUACUUCAUACCGGGACACGGCGGACAAUGCCAAUAGUCUCAUAGUAAAUCAUCCUCCGCCGGUAGAGGUGGGUUCGAUGACACAUGAUAGUGAAAGUGGCAAUCGCGGGCCGACGCUGCAGAGCACUACCGCCAUCAAGGAUACGAGUUUGUUACCAACACUGAGUAAUGAUGUUCCCAGACCGCCUCUUUCUCGUCUCCCGGAGAUGAUGGAGGUUCCUAAUUGGGCUACGAUGUCCAAUUCCAUUGCGGAUUCAUUUGGCCUGUUUGAGGAGGGCCAGAAUGAUAUCUUUGAUUUUCUACAUACCAUGCCAUCUAUACCACAGUAA